GUGUUUGUGUCGUUACCUUAAUUUAAUUACGCUUAGUAACGUAAACAAGGAUUAGUGAAGUUCUUGUUUCUUAUUUUUUUACUCCAAUACUAAAUCUAAUAGACCAUGAAGGCUGUUCUCAGUUUUGUGAUGCUCGUCCUGGGCUCAGUCUCCACGGACAUGGCGGGCGAGUGCGACAUGGCAGGUUUCUACACGGAGUUGGGAUGCACGCCGCUGCCGCCGGCCGACGGCGCUCUUUGCCCCGACGCAUUCAACUGUCCUGACUUCCAACCAGACCCGGCUAAAUGCUACUAUAAGGGUAUACCUUACGACAACGGAGCGUCUAUACCUCAAGCCCUGAUCAGCAACCCGUGCUCGCUCGCGUGCAGCUGCGCCGUGUUUAACGGGGAGCCUUCGUUCAGUUGCGCGGCGGUGGACUGCGUCGAGGAGUUUGAUAAUGAUAUGCAGCAGCAAUGUAUCAGCACCUACGAGUUAGACUCGUGUUGUAGUACCGGCUCUGUAUGCGGCAAAGACUCAAUCGCCCAGCUAAAGACCUGCGAAGUCGACGGCAAGACAUACCACGAAGGCGAGACCUACCAACCUAAGAACACUCAGAAGACUUGCCUCUGUACCGCGAACUUCAACGGUACCGUCAGCGACGCCUACUGCACCGACAUAAACUGCGGGCUGGAGAUCCACUACCAAUCUGACCUGCAUAAGAACUGCGCGCCUGUGUUCGUUGGUAGUAAGAGGAGUUGUCCCAUCGGGUUUGAAUGCCAGACCACAAAGACAAAAGUAGUCCGCGGUCUAAACAUCCGCAACCUGAGCGCGCAAUGCACGUUCGGGAACAUGACGAUGACCAUCGGAGACGAGGUCACUGUUGAUGACAACUGCACCAAGUGCACCUGCAGUGUACCACCCUUCGUCACCUGUGUUAGGAAGAAUUCCUGCGACUCCACGACCCAGUAGAUGGAAUACUUUGAUAGUAACGAUCGUGAGAGCCACGAUUCAUUAUUAAAUGAUGCAACGGUUUACUCACGCGUAUUUAUCGGUUAGUUUCGGCUAGUUUCGGACCCAAACCGGAGUCCUUAAUCAUGAGCUCACGCGGUGGGGUCGCUCAGCUCAUAAAUGUGAGUAAACCGUUGCAUCAUUUAAUAAAGAAGGAAUACUGUGUACUAUUUGUAAUUUCGUUUAUCGAAAAAGUGAUUAUUGUUAGAAUUUGGCGUGUCGUAAAAUGGAGGCUUUUGUAUCCAGUGAUCUUGAUAUUAUUAAGAUCUUAAAUUAUAUAACCAAAAAACUAUUUUAGCAAUUGAAUGCCUUUUAAAAGUGCCAAUUUAAAAACUUAAAAAAAAAUAUUUGUCAAAAUUUUAAAUCAUAGGUAAUAUACGCGCGAAUGUAGAAAAAGUGGUGAAAGAAACCCAAAGUUAUAAAAAUAUAAAAUUUAAUAACGAUUACAUUGCUUAACAGUAUUUAUUACAGAUUAAUAUAAAAUAAAAACUUAGAACAAUAACAUUAUACUCGAAUAUAGGAAUCACAUGACGUUUAUACUUAAAAAUAAGGACUUUUACAUUAUGUACAAAUAACUAAGCGGACCAUCGUAAAUUAAAUUAACAAAAUAAUACUAUGUUGUGACGACUUA